AUGGACUAUCGCUUGACAGGAAAUAUCAACUGGUAUCCGAGCACUAAGUUACUGACAACUACCACUCCAGCAGGCCCCAUCGGGUCUGGCUCUGCCGUAGCAACCGCUCUUCCUUGCGCCUGUCCAAACUACAAGUUUCUUUCAGAGUUUCUGGACAGGCGCCCAACUCGCACUGUAUCUUUCUGUGUGCUGUGGCUCAAGCAUGGGAGAAUCUGUAGAGUUACUGAGCUCGUGGCGAUUGUCGAGGUGCUCCGAUUCGAUUUGCGUAUCGAGCUCGGACAUCAGGAGGGUGAGAAGUCGGACGUUGUCUCGCAGUGGUUGGAUCAGAGCUUUUCCAGUCCGUUCGCGUUGCGAAUCCACCCCAGCUCGAAGAGAUCUGAGAGGGGGGGUAAUUUCAUCGGCUACUCAAAGGUGCUCUCCAUCCCAUCCACGUCAUUUCCAACCAUAGCCGUCCGAGUCCAAGGAUCGUCGACGCUCCACUCCCAUGGAAAGACGGCUAACAACGGGAACUGGCCAUCUGUCUGA